ACCAUAAUCAUCACGGAAACCCACAACCAAACGGAUUCACCAAUUCCUUCCAAAAUGUCUUCCUCAAAGCUCUCCUCCAUUGUUAUCCUUCUUACAGCCUUUGCUCUCCUCCAAACUUGUUUUGGAGAUGAUGGCCCUCUCUUUCAUUUCUGCUCAAACUCUGGAAACUUCACUGCCCAUAGCCCUUAUGAAUUUAACUUGAAACGCCUCAUAAGCCUUCUCAACUACAAAACCCCUCCGACUGGCUUUGGUCUGGGUUCUGUUGGCACAGUCCAGAGCCAAACAGCUUAUGGCCUCGCUCUUUGUCGUGGUGAUGUCUCUGCCUCAGACUGCAAAACUUGUGUUUCUGAGGCAAGCAGUGAAAUCCGAAAACUCUGUCCUCACAACAAAGGAGCCAUUAUAUGGUACGACAACUGCAUGUACAAGUAUUUGGACACAGACUUCUUUCACCAAAUUGACGAAACAAACAAGUUCUACAUGUGGAACUUGAAAAACGUCAGCGAUCCUACCACUUUCAAUUACAAGACAAAGGAAUUGCUGAGCCAGCUUGCCAAGGAGGCUUCUGUAAACCCUAAGAUGUUUGCAACCGGAGAGAAAAAGCUUGGAGAAUCGGAGACACUUUACGGGUUGACACAGUGCACCAGAGACCUUUCUAGCAUUGACUGCAAGAAGUGUCUUGAUGAAGCGAUCAGUGAACUUCCAAAUUGUUGUGAUGGAAAAGAAGGAGGCCGAGUUGUUGGGGGAAGUUGUAACUUGCGAUACGAGAUUUACCCCUUUGUCAAACAGUAGACCAGCUUGCGAAUAGCUAGCCUACUGCUGGGAAAUAAAGAUCACCUUCCCAUACUAAAAUAAGGGAAUGAAACAACAAUAAUAAACAAUUGUGCUGAUGAUGUACAAGUUGCGAACUACAACUAUUUUUAGCACCUGCUUAUGUAAUGGGACGUGUUCGUUUGUUCAUCGAUAAUGUUGUUUUGUUCGUGAAAUUUCCAAUUUACGAUUGA